CCUGGAGCCGGGCUGGUUGGCAGGAGGGAGAGCAGAGAGCAGCUGUGCCUUUAACUACCAUUUCCUUCUAUUGUAUUUGAAUGGUGAUGAGGAAAAAGGAAAUGAAAGCAGAGGGGCUGUGCUAAGGGGGACAGCAAUCCGCUAUAUAAGUGACAGUGACACAGGCGUCCCCUCAGCUGCUGGGAAUACAGAUGUGACUGCACAGUGAUGGGAGCUCUCCUGCGUGACACCGGGAUCUGGGGGGCAAGCUCUGUCCUUGGGGGACACCGGCGCAUGGACCUGUGACUGGAAAACAGGACAGAGGGAAGACGACAACAGAUCACAGGACAAAUGUCAUCAGUCAUAGAGAGGAAGAGCCUGGACCCUGCAGAUGAGCCAGUGGACGAAGUACUGCAGAUCCCACCCUCACUUCUGACAUGUGGGGGCUGCCAACAAAACAUUGGGGACCGCUACUUCCUGAAGGCCAUUGACCAGUACUGGCACGAGGACUGUCUGAGCUGUGACCUGUGUGGUUGCCGGUUAGGAGAGGUUGGAAGGAGACUUUACUACAAGCUGGGACGCAAGCUGUGCCGGAGGGACUAUCUAAGGCUUUUCGGUCAAGAUGGUCUGUGUGCAUCGUGUGACAAGCGGAUCCGAGCCUACGAGAUGACCAUGCGGGUGAAGGACAAAGUCUAUCAUCUGGAAUGCUUCAAGUGCGCAGCUUGUCAGAAGCACUUCUGUGUGGGUGACCGUUACCUGCUUAUAAACUCUGACAUCGUCUGUGAGCAGGACAUCUACGAAUGGACCAAACUUAAUGGAAUGAUGUAGCCCUGGGAGGAUGUUCCUGGUCUCGCUAUACCCACUAGGGACAUAAACCCAUUUAGUGGUUCUAGGACCCCAAGUCAUAAGAUUAGACACAGUAUACACUAUGGAUAUCACAACUGACAGUGUGUUAUAAUUACCACCAGCCCUGGUGGCUGUCCAAACUGGUCUCAGCUAUCAGACGCACCAAAUAGUAUAAUGACCACAAUAUUUGGGGGAUCUGGAUUGUGAAUAAUUGCUCACAAAAAUCUUACAAAACUGCAAUCUGCUGGAAACUUUAGAGGUGUGUGUGUGUGUGUGUGUGUGUGUGUGUGUGUGUGUGUGUGUGUGUGUGUGUGUGUGUGUGUGUGUGCGUGCGUGCGUGCGUGCGUGCGUGCGUGUGUGUGUGUGUGUGUGUAUAUAUAUAAAUAUAUGUAUGUAAUUGGCCAGCGCUGGAUACUCUAUGCAAUACUAGUUGAGGUCUCCUCUGAUUUGUAUUUGGAACGUUGGUCACCAGUGAAAGGUUCUGUGACAUGUAAAUGUAACUGACAUACUUAUGGAAUGGUAUUUAAGGAUUAAAGGAAAACUAUAAACAAAA